AUGGAUGUGAAGACCAAACUUGUGGUCAAAUCCAAAACCACUUCACAAUUAAAAGCCAAACAAUUUCCACGACUUCUCAAAGAUUUGGAGAAAUUUAAUAAAAAGUUAUUAAAGGAGAAGACACUGAAGACCACUGGUCUGAGUGCUGAUGACUAUGACAUGGAUGUGAUGUCUCAUUACAUCGAGAGUGAGGCCAACAGUGAACUGACAGAAGAGACCGAAGUGGAGGAGACAAACAGUGGUAACGAAUGGUUCGAUAGCUGUGUGGAUGUGAUGGCUCCAGAAACGGAACAAAUGACUGAAUUAAUUGAUGGAUUUGGCGGACACUCGAGUAGUGGUAAGAAAAGCGCCAAUAAAUCGACAAAACAGACAAAAAGCAGUCGAAAACAGGAAGAGUUGAGACAAGAGUUGAGGGAAAUGGACGUGAAAUCGAAAGCCUCGAGUCUAAGAAGUUCUCUCAAGAGUUACAUUCAUUCGUGUAUUUACGCGGAUUUUGUAUCGAAAGCGCAUUCAGUACUACUUUAUUACCGAAGCAAACAAUUGAAGGCAUUUACGAUUGGGAACAGAUGUGAAGAGUCCAAUGCGAUCGAUGUAUCCGUUUAUAACGUGUUAUUGAAAGGUUGGGCCCAAAGGGGCAAAACAUUGAGAAUCAAAGAGUUGCUAAGUUUGAUGAAAUCGGCUAAUGUUAAGCCUAACAACGAAUCUUUCGCUUAUUAUUUCCUAUCAUUGGGACGACAAACGAAUCCACCGACUGUUCAAGAGGUCAUGUCUGCCGUCCAACAAAUGGCCACAAAUGACUUAAACACUCAACAAGUGUUUGAUAACUGUUUUAUUAAUAAAGAGGAAAGAAAUGUUAUAUUAAGUCUAUUAAACAAAUCAGUGCCGCAUUUAAGGCCAAAUGCUAUUACAUUUCGCAAAGAAUAUUCUUGUAAUUUAAUGAAAUCAAUCGAAACAUCGGAACAAAAGCCUUACAAUCCGUGCGAAGACUUAGAUUUGAGUGGUUUGGAGUCUGCGGUCGAACAACAGUUUGGGUUAGAAAUAAACGGCAAUAUUAUUAUCAAAUCAAUAGUUUGUGACGAUUUGAGUGACGCUAACGACAAGAGAAAGAAAUAUCUGAAGAAUCAGUGGAACAAAAGCGAAGACGAGUGGAGAGAACUGCUUAAAGAGGCGUUUCUCAGACAAAUCAAGACUUUGCAGAUGCAGUCAAACGAAAUCAAAGGAAUGACUUUAUAUCCAUAUUUAGCUGUUUUGGACACAAAGUAUUACAUCGAAGCUAUGAUUGAAGAGAUCAGGCUUUGCGCUAAUAUGAGUGAAUACUAUAGCCCUCCUAUGUCUGCGCUUUACUCCAAUUUAGGCAAAAAACUUAUGCUUAGAUAUUUGGUUAAGACUCAUAUUAGAGACGGAACCGCUCAAGACUUUCAAGAAUUAUAUAACAAAUACAUAAAUUACUAUAAAAACCCAUCGAUGACCACACAAUACAAUUCAAGACAGUUCUGGCAAAAAGCGAUGACUGAUAACCAACACAAUUAUAACAAUAAUAUCCGCUACAAAGUGUGGCCGUUUCACAUACAGGUAGGCGUCGGACACUUUCUCUACGAUCUCAUCAUUCAGGAAACCAAAAUUGAUGCAAAUAUAAUGAACAGCAAAAUUGCUGUCAAACGAAAAGUGCCCGCAUUUGGCAUUUCAUACAAACCCAUCGGUAAUCUUAAAUAUCAAAAGGAAUUCCGAGCGCAUCCCACUAUCACCAAACUGUUCCGCAGAGUAUGUUUAGAUAGUUUGGUGUUUGACAUAAAUAUGCUGCCAAUGCUUUGUCCGCCGACGCCAUGGGUUUCUCCACGAUUUGGCGGCUAUUUGUUAUGUAAAACAGAUUUUGUCCGAAUGCCAGACACUUACCAGAAAUGGAUUUAUAAUACUUACGACAAUCAGAAACUAUACCCAGUUUUUGAUUCGUUAAAUUACCUGUCGAUGUGUCCCUGGAUUCUCAACAGCAGAGUGUUAGAUGUGGCGACACAUAUAUUCCGGAACAAAGGGGACCUCAAUCUAAGUAUUCCCAAACCUAUUACAGAAUUCCCUCCUCUGCCUAAAGUGGAACAAUCGAUGUCCAGAAGUGAUAAAAUCCAAAGAUUCCGUCAAAGGUUUCAACAAAAGCGAGAAAUGGCCGAAAUGUACAGUUUAUGGUGUGACUGUCUUUACAAACUCUCGAUUGCAAAUCACUUUCGAAAUAAGAUAUUUUGGUUUCCAAACAAUAUUGACUUCAGAGGCCGUGUAUAUCCAGUUCCGCCGCAUUUCAAUCAUUUGGGUAAUGAUUUGACGCGUUCUCUAAUGUUGUUCGCGAAGGGCCAGCCUUUGGGAGAGGACGGACUCGAUUGGCUUAAAAUACAUUUAAUAAAUCUGACGGGACUUAAGAAGCGAUCGUCAAUGGCUGAGAGGCUGGCGUUUGCUAAUGAAAUAAUGCCACUUAUUAUAGAUUCGGCGGAUAAUCCAUUGGAUGGUUGCAAGUGGUGGAUGCAAAGUGACGAGCCGUGGCAGACACUCGCCAGUUGUGUGGAGAUUGUAAACGCCAUCCGAAGUCCAGAUCCAACGCAAUAUAUCAGUCAUUUUCCUGUACAUCAAGACGGCUCGUGUAAUGGUUUGCAACAUUACGCAGCGCUCGGUCGCGACCAGAUCGGCGCCGAAUCAGUCAAUUUACAUCCGGCCGACAGACCGCAGGACGUGUACAGCGAUGUCGCCGCUCUCGUCGAGAAACAGAGAGCGAGAGACGCUAUGGAUGGCCACGAAGUCGGCAAACUUCUUGACGGAUACGUCGGUCGCAAAAUUGUCAAACAAACUGUUAUGACAUACGUAUAUGGAGUGACCAGAUUUGGCGCUAAACUUCAGAUAUAUAAACGUCUGAAAGAGAUCGACAAGUUUCCCAAAGAGCGAGCAUUUUCUUCCGCAAUAUAUUUAACACAAAAGACAUUUUUGUCGAUUCAGGAAAUGUUUACCGAAACGCGUUGUAUUCAGGAUUGGCUGACGGACUGCGCCCGACAGAUAUCACGUGUCUAUGAAAAGCCUGUUGAAUGGAUCACUCCAUUGGAGUUUCCUGUCAUUCAACCCUAUCAUAAGAGUAAAGCAAAAAUUGGAGAAACAUUUCUGGGCAUUGGAAGCGAAACGAAUCUAAAAUAUUUGUGUCGUUCCGACGCUUUUCAGAAACCAAAUUCAUUGAAGCAAAAGAACGCUUUUCCCCCAAAUUUCAUUCAUUCUCUGGACUCGUCUCAUAUGAUGUUAACAGCCCUUCGUUGCCAUCGGGAAGGCCUGACGUAUGCGUCAGUUCACGACUGUUUCUGGACUCACGCUAAUUGUGUUCAUCUAAUGAACCGUUUCUGUAGAGAACAGUUUGUAUCCCUUCAUAACGAACCCAUUUUAGAUGAUUUAGCGCAUCAUUUCAUCCGUAUCUACGGCUCAAUGCCUUCUAAUGCAUCCAAAGCUGAUGUCAAUAAGACUUUGGAACUGUUGGGCAAAAGAUUAACAAAAGGAGAUUUUGUAUUGGAAAAUGUGCUCAACUCUGUCUACUUCUUCAGUUAAUUUCAUACUAGUUAUACAAAUCGAGUCAAUAUAUAACACGUUAUUAAUCAUAAUUAUAAAAUUAAUUAAUUAAUUUUUUAC